GGCUGCUGGGGUCAGUGGCUGGAGCGCUGCGCACAGCCAGCCAGGAGGGGUGUGGGAUGGGGGAGGCAGAGGAGGAGGGUGCCCUCACAGAUCGGAGCUAACCGCGCACUUCAAACGGCUGUCGGGCUGCGCUUCCCUCCUGCGCCCCGGGAACUUCAAAGCGGCGGGCCGCCUAGCUCCGCUCUACGGUCUCGCUGCCCUGCCUUGGCCGCUGGGUGGCCAUGACCCGAGCGCUCCGCGCUGCCCUCCACCAGGCUCUCCUGCUGCUCGCCGCAGCCGCCGCGCUCUCGGCAGGGCUGAAGUGUGUAUGUCUCUUGUGUGACUCUUCAAACUUUACCUGCCAAACUGAAGGAGCAUGUUGGGCUUCAGUUAUGCUAACCAAUGGAAAGGAACAGGUGAUCAAAUCCUGUGUCUCUCUCCCAGAAUUAAAUGCUCAAGUCUUCUGUCACAGCUCCAACAAUGUUACCAAAACUGAAUGCUGCUUCACAGAUUUCUGCAACAACAUAACACUGCACCUUCCAACAGCAUCACCCAAUGCCCCAAAACUCGGACCCAUGGAGCUGACCGUUGUCAUUACUGUGCCAGUUUGCCUCCUGUCCGUGGCUGCAGUGCUGACCAUUUGGGCACGCCAAGGCCGACAGUGCACACGCCGCAAGAAAAAGAGACAGAAUGUGGAGGAGGCCCUGUCUGAAUGCAAUCUGGUAAAUGCUGGGAAAACUCUGAAAGAUCUGAUUUACGAUGUGACCGCCUCUGGAUCCGGAUCUGGUUUACCUCUGUUGGUUCAAAGAACAAUUGCCAGGACGAUUGUGCUUCAGGAAAUAGUAGGAAAAGGCAGAUUUGGUGAGGUCUGGCAUGGAAGAUGGCGUGGGGAAGAUGUGGCUGUGAAGAUAUUCUCCUCCAGGGAUGAAAGAUCUUGGUUUCGAGAGGCAGAAAUUUAUCAGACGGUGAUGCUGAGACAUGAAAACAUCCUUGGUUUCAUUGCUGCUGACAACAAAGAUAAUGGAACUUGGACUCAACUUUGGCUUGUCUUGGAAUAUCACGAACAGGGCUCCUUGUAUGACUAUUUGAAUAGAAACAUAGUGACCGUGGCUGGGAUGAUCAAACUGGCACUUUCAAUAGCUAGUGGUCUGGCCCACCUUCACAUGGAGAUUGUUGGUACACAAGGUAAACCUGCCAUUGCUCAUCGAGAUAUAAAAUCAAAGAAUAUCUUAGUGAAGAAAUGUGAAACUUGUGCCAUAGCAGACUUAGGACUGGCUGUGAAGCAUGACUCAGUCCUGAACACUAUUGACAUACCUCAGAAUCCUAAAGUGGGAACCAAAAGGUAUAUGGCCCCUGAAAUGCUUGAUGAUACGAUGAAUGUGAAUAUCUUUGAGUCCUUCAAACGAGCUGACAUCUAUUCUGUUGGUCUAGUUUACUGGGAAAUAGCCCGAAGGUGUUCAGUUGGAGGAAUUGUUGAGGAGUACCAGUUGCCUUAUUAUGACAUGGUGCCUUCAGAUCCCUCAAUAGAGGAAAUGAGGAAGGUUGUUUGUGACCAGAAGUUUCGACCAAGUAUCCCAAACCAGUGGCAAAGCUGUGAAGUAAGGCUAAGUUCUUAUGCAUAUUUUUUCUAUUACAAUUUUGAGGCACUCCGAGUCAUGGGGAGAAUAAUGCGCGAGUGUUGGUAUGCCAACGGGGCAGCCCGCCUAACGGCCCUCCGUAUAAAGAAGACUAUUUCUCAACUUUGUGUCAAAGAAGACUGCAAAGCCUAAUGAUGAUAACCAUGUGGAAAGGAAAUCUCUUGCAGCUUUCUCUCUCAUUUUUCCUCUUUAUGUGAAUGUUUUUGCCCCUCUUUUGUUGUUGUUGUCUACCUCAAAGAUAAUGCAGUUCAGUAUUUAAGUGCUCAAAGGCAGCAUGAAAAAAUAACUAAGAUCAAGCAGGAGUUGACUCUAUCCAAUCUUCAUGUUGUCUUUUAAUAUAUUUUUAAAAGCAGCACAUCAACUCAUCUAUUUAAUAAGAAAGCUAUUGUAAAGUGUAAAAUAAGCUAUAAAAAUAAUAAAUGUCAUUUAGGCUUUAUUUUACUUGAGUCGGGAGUGUAUGAAUGAAUGGAGAAAUGUGUUGAGAAAAGCGAGAUGAAAACAAACAUCUUCAUCAAAGAUGUGAAUUAGAGCAUUUUGCGUCUAACCAAAACUUUCCAUUAUACAAUCUGUGGUAUCCUCUAUUUUUUUAAUUAAGCAGAUCUUUUAAAAAAUUAAAUAUUGUCCUAUGUUUUAGUAUAUAAAACAUGGAAAAGUGGAGCUGCUUAGUUGGAGGAUGGAAGCCAGGUCAGGAUGCCACUCCCUCAGUCCCCCCCCUUCCCUUACUCUUUAUAAUCCAUCACAUGGUGCCCCCUGAAGAAAACAGUUUGGGAGCCACUAAAGUUGCUAUACUUUCUCAUUUAUAAGUGAAAUACCUGACAUUCUGAGACAUGGAGUAAUGUGUCAAAGUCACAGUGCUAGUGGUGGGGUGGUUGUAGGUCUAAAUCUUGAGACAGUCCACACCGUAGAGUUAGCUGGCAUCCUCCUGUCCUUUUAAUUCCAACUACUUUUCUCUGUGUGCCAGAACAACAUUGUUCAUGAUGAUAUGUGGUUUAGUAAAACAGAAUACAAACUGAGUUAUUUUUUUCAGAAUCAUAAUGGACCUGCAUGAAUUCUUAGGACAAUAUCCAUUGAUGUUUUCUUCAUAGAAAUUUCAUAGUCACCCUAUUUAUUAGAUAAGUAAUAAUGUUUUCUAAAAACUUCCAGAGAUUAAUCAAACGUAAAGAUCCAUUGCCAGAAGAUGUCUUUCAGAUGCCUAUUACUUUUGUAUACACACUCAGAAGGAAAAGAACAGAAAAGGAAGAGGAGAUAUCUUGAGAAAAAAAAUUUUUAGAAUCUUAAAUGUAGUAAAACAACCAUGUUCUACAGAGAGCAUCAGUAACUGUAAAUAGAUAUUUUUCCACCCUUUCAAAAUGAGUGAGUGCUUGCACAAGGCUCAUGAUAAUAUAGUGUUUAUUCUACUUCCUGUGGAGACAGAAGUGAUGAAUUCUGAAUAAUACAUGGAACAUGAAAUAUUUCCUACAAAACUAUAAUUGCACAUGGAAUUUAUAGAACUAUAAACUCCUUUGGUAAAGGAGUUUAACAUGGUAUCUUUUAUCAUUCUAAAAUACUGUUUUCUAAACUCCUUUCCAUAGAACACAUCACUACUGAGAUGAUUGAAGACCCAAAGAACUUUUCAAUAGUUUUUUAGAAGAUGAUACUGCAUAUUAGUGUGUUGUGUGCUUUGAGGAGUAAAGAAAUGUUACUUGGAUUUCUUUAGACUGAAUUCACCAAAUUAUUUGACCAUGGGACCCUUUUAUUAAAAAAAGAGGAAACCUUUUACUAUCCCACAUUUUAGUGUUCUGCAAAGCACAACUUGGGUAACAGGGUUUUGAGGGAUACACAUAGACCAGUAGUGCUUAUAAUUUCUUCCUCUGUGCAAAUACAUUACUGAACUUCCAUAUUCAUUUGACUUGGAUGAGAUAUCAAAGGCAAAAUCUGAUAGCUGUGGCUUGUAUAUACUUUCAUUCUCAUUCAUGCAAUUAUUCAUUCUUUAAUUAAUGUGGGGCAUCCCAUAUCUUACUUGGCACAGUAUGGGGCCCAACAGGGAAGUUAAAAGAUAGAUAGGUUCUGCCUUCAGGGAUUUUAAAGUCUAAUUUGGAUAUGAGAACAGAAAUGCAGUUUUGUGGGGGGAAAGAAAGUAAAUUGACUAAUAAGUAUAAUACAAAGUAGAAUGUUUUGAGUUCUAUAUGACAAGUUAUUUUCAAAUUGCAACACAUUGAGAAAGUACCUUUAUUUGGAUAUUCCAGAAAAUUUAAAUCAUGUAAUCAGUUUUUAAAGUUGCAUAUGUGAAUGCU